AUGGAAAGGGACGGCAGCCGGAAUGCUUCCCCGGCAGGGACGUCUCCAGCCCGGGCAUCCCCUUCCAGGUCAGCAUCCGGCAGGUCAUUGUCCGCCAGGUCAGCCUCCACGGCCUCCUCUCCGACGAGAGUGUACCUUGUUAGAGCAACACCAGUGGGGGCCGUGCCCAUCCGGGCAUCUCCUGCCAGGUCGGCCCCAGCCACCAGGGAGAGCCCAGUCUACUUCUGGCGGGGCCACACAGGAAUCAAGUACAAGGAGCCAGUGGAGAGCUGCCCCACACAGGCCGUGCGCUGUGAUGGGGUCGUGGACUGUAAGCUGAGAAGUGACGAGCUGGGCUGUGUGAGGUUUGAUUGGAACAAGUCUCUGCUUAAAGUCUACUCUGGAUCCUCCCAUCAGUGGCUUCCCAUCUGCAGUGACAGCUGGAACGACUCCUACUCAGAGAAGACGUGCCAGCAGCUGGGUUUCAUGAGUGCUUACCGGACAACCGAGGUGGCCCACAGGGAUCUCACCAGCAGCCUCUCAAUCUCCAAAUACAACUCUACCCUCCAGGAAAGCCUCUACAGGUCUGAAUGCCCUUCCCAGCAGUAUGUCUCUCUCCAGUGUUCCCACUGUGGACUGAGGGCCAUGACCGGGCGGAUCGUGGGAGGGGCGCUGGCCCCAGAGAGCAAGUGGCCUUGGCAAGUGAGUCUGCAGUAUGGCACCACGCACAUCUGCGGGGGCACGCUGAUCGACGCCCAGUGGGUGCUCACCGCCGCUCACUGCUUCUUUGUGACCCGGGAGAAGAUCCUGGAGGGCUGGAAGGUCUACGCGGGUACCAGCAACCUGCUCCAGCUGCCUGCGGCGGCCUCCAUCUCCCAGAUCAUCAUCAAUGGCAACUACACGGACGAGGAGGACGACUAUGACAUUGCCCUCAUGCGGCUCUCCAAGCCCCUGACCCUGUCUGCUCAUGUCCACCCUGCCUGCCUCCCUAUGCAUGGACAGACCUUCGGCCUCAAUGAGACCUGCUGGAUCACAGGCUUUGGCAAGACCAAGGAGACAGAUGAGAAGACAUCCCCCUUCCUCCGGGAGGUGCAGGUCAACCUCAUUGACUUUAAGAAAUGCAAUGACUUCUUGGUCUAUGACAGUUACCUUACCCCAAGGAUGAUGUGUGCUGGGGACCUUCGGGGAGGCAGAGACUCCUGCCAGGGAGACAGCGGGGGGCCCCUGGUCUGUGAGCAGAACAGUCGCUGGUACCUGGCAGGAGUCACUAGCUGGGGCACAGGCUGUGGCCAGAGGAACAAGCCCGGUGUGUAUACCAAAGUGACAGAAGUCCUCCCCUGGAUCUACAGCAAAAUGGAGCCUGGCCAUAAGACCCUGGCCAAAGUGACUGGGCCAUUUGCUGUAGUCAUCAUCUGGUAUUAA